UCUCUCCUCGCCCCUAGGCGGCCUCCCACAUCACUACCGCUGGGCGGAGCUCACUUGCUGCCUUUAUCUGCUGAGAAGGCGUCGCUGGGCCGGGCACAGACACACAAUCGGAUUCGGGUGACACUAUUUUUUGGCGGUCAGGCGCAACAUCCUCAUCAUGGAGUCCGAAACGAAAUACCUCCCCGAGCUGAUGGCGGAGAAGGACAGCCUGGACCCGUCUUUCACACACGCCAUGAGCCUGCUGGCUAGCGAGAUUGAAAGGUUGAAGAAGGGAGGUGAACCGAAAAAGGAUGAAGAUGACACUUACUUGGACUUGUUUUCUCACAAAAACAUGAAGCUUAAGGAGCGUAUUUUGAUUCCUGUUAAACUUUACCCUAAAUUUAACUUUGUUGGCAAGAUCCUGGGUCCACAAGGGAACACAAUCAAAAGGCUGCAGGAAGAGACUGGAGCAAAAAUUUCGGUAUUGGGGAAGGGAUCCAUGAGAGACAAGGCAAAGGCAAAAGAGCUGCGUAAAGGAGGAGAUCCUAAAUACAGUCAUUUGAACAUGGAUCUUCAUGUUUUCAUUGAAGUCUUUGGCCCGCCAUGUGAGGCUUAUACUCGAAUGGCACAUGCUAUGGAGGAAGUCAAGAAGUUUUUGGUCCCAGAUAUGAUGGAUGAUAUUUGUCAGGAGCAGUUCCUGGAGUUAUCCUAUCUGAAUGGAGCGCCACCAGAACAGGCUCGUGGUGGUGGCGGAAGAGGGGGACCUGCCAGAGGUAGAGGAGGACCACCACCAAGUGCGGCUCCACCAGCAAGAGGCAGAGCUGGACCAUUACGCCCUCUUGUUCCAAGGGGAGCCCCUGGGCGGGGAGCCAUAACACGUGGAGCCAGUGUAAGCAGAAAUGUGGCACCUACUCCUUCAAGUAGAGGCACUCCAUCAGGAAGGGCUCGAGGUGGGUCCAUUCAAAGGAUCUCCUUGCCGCCUCCAGCACCUGAGUCUUAUGAUGAAUAUGGCUAUGAAGAUUCCUAUCCAGAGCAGAGCUAUGAAGGUUAUGAGGGUUAUUACAAUCAGAGCCAGGGUGACACAGAGUAUUAUGACUAUGGUCAUGGGCAUGGGGAAGGUCCAGAGUCCUAUGAAGGUUAUGGGCAAGACAACUGGAAUGGAUCCCGUCCGUCCUUGAAAGUUCCAUCUUCUCAUGCAGCAAAAGGAAACGCCUACAGAGAACACCCCUACAGGCGCUUCUAGGACUGCUACCCAUCCAAACCAUUAUUACUGAUAUCUUGUGUCCCAGGACUUCCCGUUCCUUAAACCACAACACAAGUAAAUUUUCUGUGCUUUGUGACUCCUUUUCCCCCUCCCCAUACUCUCUAAAUCUAACUUCAGCUCCUCCUCUUAAGACCGUUUUUAAAAUUGGAGAAAACAAAAUGUUCUGAUAUUUAGACCCAUUUUUAUUUUUAUUAUUUUUACUGUUAUUGAAAAACAAAACUUAAAACCAUGAUUUUUCAUGUAAAACAAAACAAAGUUAAAAUAGUAUUGAGUGAUUUUUGUUUAAAAAUGAGUUUCUAACAAAAACGUUUAAUGUUAGCUGUAGAGUCACAAUCCUGAACUAAGCUGCAUUUCAAUAUUCCAUUUUUUUUUUUUAUUUUAUUUGAGCUAGUUUAAAUAGAGUAAUUAGCUGUAAUGUUGUAUGGUGUUUAAAAACCCAAGCAUUUGACUUUGUAAUUAAAAAACGCUUUAUGUUAUUAAACCUUAUGGACAAAA